CUCUGUGCUUCCGGCUUUACGAUUCGGAUCGUUAUGAGAGUUCCUGACUUCUUCUGAAUUGACAUUUGAGUUGACUCCGUGGACCAGCUUCAAGUAGAACGACACGAAAUAUGUCAGCAGCCCAAGACCUAAGACGGAAAGGACGCCCCCCCAAAACAUACUUGUUAUUGACCGACCAGAAUGUCCACGGCCAUUCGGAAGGUACCAUCCCGCUGCCGCGGGGGUCCAUGUGCUCGGAGAACCAAUCGAGUCGGAACACAGCCGAGCUUGUAAAUGUCAAGAUGCUGGAACACGACAUCAUUGUACAAUUGGACAGAAAGGUUCUGCUUGAAGUCCCAAUUGACUGUGUUGGCCUGUUGGAACCUGUGGAAUCAGAGAAUCGUCUGGAACUACGAAACAAUCUUGAGAAGCUUCACGACUUGGCCAGCUUGCCCGCUGGGACGCCCCUGUGGAUCCGGCUGGGCCAAGCGGACAAGCUCGCCGAAGCCGAACUCAAAUACGUCGGCCCGCGGACCACGGGGAGCAGUUCUCAGUUUUUUGGGGUGGAACUCAAGGGCUCUGCGGCGGGCAAAGGGAAGGGCACCGGCAGCGGUCUCUUCACCUGCCCCGACGGCUGCGCCUUCUUCGUGCCGGUCAGCCACAUCGCGCUCCGACACUGGUCCAGCGGCGACGAGCCCGACGGCCAGGAAAGGGAGCGCCCUCCCCACCGCAUCAUCCUCCGCCACCAUCCCAGCCAAAGUCACCCCGGGCGACACAUCCGUCCGCCUCUGCCCGCCCUUCCCGCUCAGUCUCAGUCUUUGGGCGGAUCGGCCGAACCGCCGCCUACCGGAACGCAACACCCGUUCAGUGUGGGCCAGCGGGUACGUGUCUCCCUGAAGGACUCGAAUGUCAGCGGAGAGGUGCGCUUCUGCGGUCCGCUGCCCCGUCAGGCCUCAUCUAUGAUAUACGUCGGCGUCGUGCUCGACACUCCUGCGGGCAACUGGGACGGCCAUUAUAGAGGAGAGAAGCUCUGCCAAAUUCCUUCUGUCCUGUAUGCAAAACUGGUGCCUGCCUCUAAGGUGUCACCAGCAGAGCCCCAUCAUCACGCCAUCCCUCCCCCGGAAGUCCUCAAAUCCAUCGUGAAGAUGUCACCACCCGCCGCCAAACCGGCCCCUGCCUCGCCGCCCACCUCUGCCCCCAAGGUGGCGCUGUUGCCACCCCCCCAAAAAGCCUUCAAACCGAUUCCUCCUCUCCCGCCGCCGAAGUUGCUCCACAAUCCCCUGCCUCCGCCCCCUCCGCCGCCUCCUAAACCCAGCGACCCGACGGCGGCAGUGGCGCAGCACGCGAACGGCGCGCACCGCCCGCCCUCGCCACCCGGGUCGCCGGCCGUGGACAACGGAGAAGCCCUGGAGGUGGGCUCCAUGGUGGAAGUGAACGACCCGCCCCUUUACGGUGUCAUCCGCUGGAUUGGACACAUCGAUGGGAUUUUGGAGGUGGUUGCGGGCAUUGAGCUGGAGCAGGAGUUGUCAGCGGGGACCGACGGCAGGUACCUCGGCGAGCGCCACUUCCGCUGCCCACCCGACAAGGGGCUCUUCGUCAAGCUCUGUAAUUGUCGACGGGAUUCCAGAUUCCCCGCUCCCGAAGCUCGCGUCAAUCAAGUGGCGCGCUGCAACUCCAUAGCUUUUGCCGAGUGGGGCAGCGAGUGCGUGAAGGACGAGACCCUUCCUGCGGACGGGGACGAGGCCAAAGAACUGUACCAGGGCUGGAAGAAAGGCAUCCAGGGCCACCUCAACUCCUGCUACCUGGACGCCACGCUGUUCAGCCUCUUCUCCUGCUGCAGCUCGGCAGACUGGCUUCUGUUUUGUCCCUCGGACGACACGCUCGCCGACCAAAGCUCGACCCGAGCUCAGGAGCUGCUGCGCUGCGAGAUCGUCAACCCCCUGCGCAGGUACGGCUACGUUUGCGCCAGCAAGACCAUGGCCUUGAGGCGACUGUUGGAGGCAGCCAACGGCGACGCAGGCUUCACCAACCAGGAGAAAGAUCCGGAGGAGUUCCUCAACAAGCUCUUCCUGCUCCUCCGUGUCGAGCCGCUCCUCAAGAUCAGAUCGCUGACUCAAAAGCCGCAGGAGUGUCACCUCUUCCAGCUCUUCCCACCUCACGUUCCUCGCUCGCCCUCCCCCCCGGACUCCGUUUUGUUGCCCUCGCCGCUGUUCACGCCGAUGAGGGUGGCCAGCGUCCAGACCUUGCUGGAGUCCUCCUUCCUCCACGCCGGACUCAAGUUAGCGGAGGGUCCGUCCUGCCUCCUGCUGCUCAUGCCUCGCUUUGGGAAGGACUUCAAGAUGUUUGACGUCAUCUUGCCCACCCUCAGCCUGGACAUCACAGACCUGCUGGAUGACACUUUGAGGCAGUGCAGCAUCUGUCAGGCUUUAGCCCACUGGGAGUGUCCGGAGUGUUACGAAGACGGAGCCAUCACACCGGGACACCUCAAACAGUACUGUCACACCUGCAACUCUCAGGUUCACAGUCACAGGAAGCGGACGUCACACUCCCCGCUGGAGAUCGCUGUCCCCGAGGGGGCGUUUCGCGGCACCCUCAACCUCGCCCGCCAGGAGAUGUCUCUGUUUGCCGUGACGUGCAUCGAGACCAGCCAUUACGUCAGCUUCGUCAAACACGGGCCUCUGCCCUCCGAUUGGCUCUUCUUUGACAGCAUGGCCGACCGCCAAGGCGGCGAGAACGGCUUCAACGUCCCCCUGGUGAGGCCGUGUCCCGAGGUGGGCUGCUACCUCAGCCUGUCAGAGGAGGAGCUUGGCAGAGUCGACCCAGUUUCCCUUCCGGAGCGCGCUCGCCGCCUGCUGUGUGACUCUUACAUGUGCUUUUACUACAGCCCUGAGCUCAGCCUGUACAAGUGACACGUAUAUAUCUUGGAAUGAUGAUGUCAUACACCUCUCAAGCCUCUCCUGAGACCGAUGACAGCAACGUGGUGGUUACUUGUGACAAUAAUUUUAUGUCUGACCACAUGUGUAACUGUCUUAAAUGUUUGCACGAAGAUAGUCGUGAUGCCCAAACUUUAAUUCUUCAUGGGUUGACUUAUGAACUGGUAGCUAUUAAACAGGAUGAAUAGCAUAAUAAAAGCCAAAUGAAGUCAAUUCAUUUCAUGUGG